AUGAAUUACACUAAUUAUAACAAUCUAUUCGACAAAAGUUAUGCCGAGGAAAUAAACGAAUUCCCAUUUACUAUUAGUCAGGUAGGAUGUAUAUGUGAAGUAUUGAUUCGAUCAAAUCAAAUCAUAACUUUACGUCAUCUAUUAAAUAGAAUACCAAAAAUCUGGUUAAUACCUGAAGAACAUUUCACAUUUUAUUAUUAUCAACAAUUGAAUAAACAAUCUAAUAGUUUAACAAUUGAUAACCUGUUUGAAUCCCGUGAAAUAAUCAUUAAAGCAUUAGCUAUUGUAUCAUAUGAAGAUCAAAAUUAUAAAUUAGUUUAUCAAUUAUUACAAUGUAAUCAUUUUAAUGAAAGGCAUCAAGCAAUACUUCAACAAUUAUGGUAUAAAACACAUUAUGCCGAAGUACAAAAUUCACGUAAUCGACCAUUAACUGCUGUUGAUAAAUAUCGUAUACGUAAAAAAUAUCCUUUACCUAAAACAAUAUGGGAUGGUGUACAAACAGUAUAUUGUUUUAAACAAAAUGUUCGACAUAUAUUAAUUCAAUAUUAUCAAAAAAAUAAAUAUCCAAAUUCUAGAGAAAAAUAUGAAAUUUCUAUAAAGACUGGAUUAACUUUUACUCAGGUAAGUAAUUGGUUUAAAAAUCAUAGACAACGUGAUAAAUCCUUAGAAUCAACUGAUUUAUACUUUCAACAUGAAAAUAAAACUCUUAAUAAUAAUAAUAAUAAUAAUAAUAAUAAUAAUAAUAAUAAUAAUAAUAAUAAUAACUAUAAUUGUAAUUGGUCCUGGCAGUCAAUUCAAUCCAACAUCAAUAUUAAUAAUUCAAUUAAACAACGUGAACAAAGCAUAAAAAAUGAAUUAUCAAUUGAAACAUAUCGAAAAUGUUACAAUUAUCAAUCACCUUUUCAACCAUUUACUAAUCAACAAAAGUUGUCUGAUAACAAUGGUAUAAAUAAGAAUCUAAGUUCUUCUUCUUCUUCUUCAGAAAACCUGAAAGAUUCAAAAUGUCAUAGAACAACAAUUUCAUAUCCAAUAUUCUCACAUCAAUAUGUAUCAUCUAAACAUUCAAAUGAAAUAUGGUUUACACAAUGGGCAACUGAUCAUUCCAAUGUUGAACAAGACAAACAUAACUAUGAAGUGAAUUAUUAUACUACCAGUUUUGAUUAUAAUCAGAAUAAUUCAUAUUAUACACUAUGA